GAGUCUCCCUCUGUUGCCCAGGCUGGAGUGCAGUGGCAAGAUCUCGGCUCACCACAGCCUCCGCCUCCUGGGUUCAAGUGAUUCUCCUGCCUCAGCCUCCCUAGUAGCUGGGAUUACAGGUGUGUGCCAGUGAGCCAGGCUGAUUUUUGUAUUUUUAGUGGAGACAGGGUUUCACCAUGUUGACGAGGCUGGUCUUGAACUCCUAACCUCAGGUGAUCCACCCACCUCGGCCUCCCAAAGUAAUGGGAUUACAGGUGUGAGCCACCAUGCCUGGCCUUGUUGGUGCAUUUUUAAGAUUAUAUUCAAUAUACAAGCAUAGAACAGCUUCUGUGGGACCAGGCACAAGCUCAGGCCUGUAAUCCCAGCACUUUGGGAGGCCAAGGCGGGAGGAUUGCUUGAGGCCAUGAGUUUGAGACCAGCGUGGGCAGCAUAGUGAGGCUCUGACACUACUGAAAAAACUAAAAAUUAGCCGAGCAUGUUGGCACAAGCCUGUAGUCCCAGCUACUCAGGAGCCUGAAGCAGGAGGAUUGUUUGAUCCCAGGAGUUCAAAGUUACAGUGAACUGUGAUUGCACCACUGCACUCCAGCCUGGGUGACAGAGCAAGACCCAGACUCCAAAAUAAUACUACUAAUAAUUAAACAAACAAAAAGAGAACAGCCUUCAUGAAAUAGAUCUCAUUCCAACUUCCUGACCUUGAGUAGUUCACUACAGACAGCAGGCAGGCAGCGCUCCUUGGAUCUCCCAAUUCCGCUUGCUGGAACUGAACUUUUGACAUAAGAAAAUAAGUUAAGGGGUUUACUAACUGUCUAUGGUCAGUGGUAUGAGGCUAUACUGGGUUUGAGAAUGACAAAGGUUUGAAAUCCUGGGACCUGGGAGCUCCAUAAUUGUUACAUUAUGAGAAGCUUAGACAGGAAUGCUUCAUUCACCGUAGUAUAGUACAAAAGGCUUUUUCAGGGCUUACAAAAAUAUUGGUAGGGGAGAAAAGCGGCAGGGAGAACAGCUCCAUAUUACCCAAAGAAAACGGCAAAAUUUACAAUUCAGCUCACUGAAGAGAAAAGAAAAUAAAAAGAUUUUUUUUUAAAAAAAAAAAGAAAACUGCAAAACGAAGAUUAGUAAAGGAAUUCAGUGAAAUGGACCAAAUGUAGCAUUGUGUCAAUUAGUCAGGCAACUCAAGUCAUAGGCUUAUUGCGGGUGGUGAAUGCAUUUUGACCUGUUUGAUGUGAUAUGAAGUGAGGCCUCUGUAAGUGAGAAUACCAAGGUUGAACAAAGUUUUUGGCGGAUGAGAACAAUUGGACCAAUCGACAACAUUCUUUCCAAGGACAUCCCCCUGCCAGAUUAGGUUAUGAUCCACUGUGUCAUAUCCUGAGGGUGUGGCCCCCUUUGAGAUCCAUGAUGCACCAGGCUGAUUAAAUUAUGCAUUCAGUAUAUAAAGGAGUCGGCUGAAGACGGGCGAAAGGAACAGACUCACCGCUUCGAAGUGAAUUUCAUGCUGGUGUGCAGUUUUCUCGUCGAGUUUUUCUCUCGCUAGAGACAGCCCUCGCCCUUUCAUUCAUACAGAGGCUUUUAAGAAAAAGCAACCAACCUGAAGAGGACCUGGCAGCAAUACGUUUUUGUUGAGUUAACAAAGAGGUAAAAGUGGAAGAAACUUGUUAUAUAUGAAAAGUACUGAUGUGUGUGGUUGAGUUAAAUUGUAAUGGUGUCUCUAGCGCUGCCCUUGACUACGGCCAAAAUUUUAUUGCCACGACAUCUCUACGGAUCACGUAAAAAUGUAUCCAGUUAUUCAGCACGUAUUUAUUGAGCACCUACUAUGUUCUAAGAGCUGAGGAUACAGCAAAAACAAAUAUAGAGAUAAGAUCCCUAUUGUCAGCUGAAGGUAGGGGUUGGGGGAGAUAGAUAAUUAAAAAGUAAAUGUAUAACUGUCAACUAUCUGCAAGUGCUAGGAAGAAAAGACUAAAGGGAUAGAGAAAGAUCGCCAUCUUAUUUUAAAAAGAUGGCCUUAGGAAGGCUUUUCUGGCAGGAUGAUGAUUAAUUUUAAAUCAAGUUCAGUAAGAAUUUGGAGUGUGCUUGCAGGAAGUCCCUGGGAAACUCUGCUACUUCUUGGCUAUAGGAUCUUAUUCUCAGUUGCCUACAUUCACUGAGCCUAGCCUGUAAAAUUCAGAGAGGAUGAGGAACAUGGAUUGUAAACGAUAAUGACUAUCGUUUAUGAAUGUAAUUUUAUUAUGAUUUUUUCUGAAUGUAAUAACGUCCCUGUGCCCAAAGGAAAAAAAAAAUUCAAAUCUACUGAGGGGGUUCUUGUUACUGUUCCUGGCAUUUGCGCUUAGGAAUGGAAUUGGGACCCUGCCACUGAGCAGGCAUCCCCUUCUGCAAAUUCAGAAAGUACAUGAUUGCUAGCUUCAGUUCCAUCAUCUAUAAAUCGGAAAUAAUGUCAUGUUGACCACGUAGGGUUUUUGUUGUUAAAUUGACAUUUAUUGAGCUACAGCUAUUAAUAUUUCGGUGCAUUGAGCCAUGUCAAGGCACCGGCAUGGUCUUAGACUAUGGAUUUAUGUGCAUUUAUUUAAUCCAUAACAACCAAGUAAACCAAGUACUAUUUUUAAUGGCAUUUUACAGCCAAGGAGACCCAGGCACAGAGGGGUUAAAUCUAGAGCCCCACAUCUAGGGAUCCAACCCAGACAACGUGGCUGCUGAGCCUGGCAAUGUUAUUAUGCGAUCAGCCCUGUGCCUAGCACAUAGUAAGAGCUCAAUAAAUCCGUAUGGUGCUAGUGGCUGUUAUCAGUUCUUGGCAGCGGCUGCUCCACGAUUUCCACUUGUGAAGAGUAUAAGGUAGCCAGUUUAUUGGAAGCAGCAACUAGGGAGCGCUUGCAUAGCAACCACAGUUUUCUGCUUAGCAACCAUAAUGCUCACUUAAAUUGGGAGGCUUAGAGGAGCUGACAGGGCCUGUGGGGAAGGGGGAGUUAGCCGGCCACCCCUAGGCAAGCCAUUUUGCAGGGGAAACUGCACGCAGCCCCAGCAAGGCGAGCUCUCCCCACCGAGCCUCCCUGUGAGCCGGUCCUCCUGACGCGCAACCCCCCUCCCUUUUGAAGCAGAUGGUUCCUCCUGUUGUCCCUGCUCUUUCAGUUUCCGCGCUCUGGAGUCACAAAGCGCGGGGUCACGUGGGCGGGCCGUGCGCUUUGUGACGACAGCCGCCCCGCCUCUCGGCCCGCCUAUCCGCGCACGCCAGCCCCGCCUCGCGCGCGCCGCCCGUGCAAUCCCUGCUUAAGAGACCCCGCAGUGGGGCGCUCGUCCGAAGCCAGGCCGCGUCCGCCAUAGUGCCUGGCUUGGAGGUGUCGCCGCCACUCGGUGAGGGCCCCCGAGCGGCAAGGGGGCAACACAAAAAGGGAGCCGGAGAAGCCCUAGCCGCUGCCCGGCAGCUUGCGGGCGUGUUCUCGCGGUUCCGGGCCUCAAGGCGACGGAAACGAAAGGCGAGCGAAGCGCGGAGGAUCCGGCGAGAGGAAGCGUCAGGGAGCCUCGGCGGUGUCCCCGGGGUCCGCCGAAGCCACCCGGCCGCCGGCUGGGGCCCGGGGUGGUGAGGAAGUGCUCCGAGGCCUCGCCGAGGCCUAGCGCCGGCUUUGUGUCCGAGGCGGCGGCGGCGGCGGGAGGAGGCGGAGCCGGGGGCGGCCUACGGGAAGGCCUCUCCUCCGCCGACCGCGCGUUUUCGGCCUAGGCCGCGGGGCCGUUCGUGGCCUCCGGGGAGCAGGCGCCAGGGGUUUGUGUGCGGUGGGGGCCUGGGCCUGGGCCUGGGGAAGCUGACGCCGGUCGUCCGGAAGCCAGGAGGAGGCGUGAGGCCGCUCGUGGACUCCGGGCCUAGGCCCUCUCCCCUCAACCUUCUCCCGGGGCCUGGGUCACCCCAAUCCACGGAGAGAGAGACCUGCCGGGAGGUGCGGCCGCGCUAUGGACCCCUGACCCUGUGGGGUCGCUCGGACUCUUAACGUGUGGACUGACCGCUACUGACUGCACCGCCUACCCCCCCGUCUCUGCCGGCCCCUUAGCAUGAGCGAGGGGGACCCAGCCGGGUGACAUUGUGCCCGUUGGCGGAUUCUCGAUUUCCCCUCUUCCCCGUCCUCGUCCUCCUCCUCCCCAUGAAGUGAUUCUGAGUAUCGGGGGUUCUCUGGAUUAUUGUUCUGACGAACCCCUGCUUGUGGUUGGGGGGUAUUUAAUCUGAGGCUUUAGGGUCCUUCGGUGUCUUUGAGUGUUUUGUGUGUACAUAUUUUGCUCUUAAAGUUUAUAAAUAUACGUAUAUUGAGAGUGUCCACGUCUCCUCGCUGAACCUUAGGAAUCCCUUGGCACCAUGUCCUGUGUGCAUUAUAAAUUUUCCUCUAAACUCAACUAUGACACCGUCACCUUUGAUGGGCUCCAUAUCUCCCUCUGCGACUUAAAGAAGCAGAUUAUGGGGAGAGAGAAGCUGAAAGCUGCCGACUGCGACCUGCAGAUCACCAAUGCGCAGACGAAAGAAGAAUAUACUGAUGAUAAUGCUCUGAUUCCUAAGAAUUCGUCUGUAAUUGUUAGAAGAAUUCCUAUUGGAGGUGUUAAAUCUACAAGCAAGACAUAUGUUAUAAGUCGAACUGAACCAGCGAUGGCAACUACAAAAGCAAUUGAUGACUCUUCCGCGUCUAUUUCUCUGGCCCAGCUUACAAAGACUGCCAAUCUGGCUGAAGCCAAUGCUUCUGAAGAAGAUAAAAUUAAAGCAAUGAUGUCGCAAUCUGGCCAUGAAUACGACCCAAUCAAUUACAUGAAGAAACCUCUAGGUCCACCACCUCCAUCUUACACGUGUUUCCGUUGUGGUAAACCUGGACAUUAUAUUAAGAAUUGCCCAACAAAUGGGGAUAAAAACUUUGAAUCUGGUCCUAGGAUUAAAAAGAGCACUGGAAUUCCCAGAAGUUUCAUGAUGGAAGUGAAAGAUCCUAAUAUGAAAGGUGCAAUGCUUACCAACACUGGAAAAUAUGCAAUACCAACUAUAGAUGCAGAAGCAUAUGCAAUUGGGAAGAAAGAGAAACCUCCAUUCUUACCAGAGGAGCCAUCUUCUUCCUCAGAAGAAGAUGAUCCUAUCCCAGAUGAAUUGUUGUGUCUCAUCUGCAAGGAUAUCAUGACUGAUGCUGUUGUGAUUCCCUGCUGUGGAAACAGUUACUGUGAUGAAUGUAUAAGAACAGCACUCCUGGAAUCAGAUGAACAUACAUGUCCAACGUGUCAUCAGAAUGAUGUUUCUCCUGAUGCUUUAAUUGCCAAUAAAUUUUUACGACAGGCUGUUAAUAACUUCAAAAAUGAAACUGGCUAUACAAAAAGACUACGAAAACAGUUACCUCCUCCACCACCCCCAAUACCACCUCCGAGACCACUGAUUCAGAGGAACCUACAACCUCUGAUGAGAUCUCCAAUAUCAAGACAACAAGAUCCUCUUAUGAUUCCAGUGACAUCUUCAUCAACUCACCCAGCUCCGUCUAUAUCUUCAUUAACUUCUAAUCAGUCUUCCUUGGCCCCUCCUGUGUCUGGAAAUCCAUCUUCUGCUCCAGCUCCUGUACCUGAUAUAACUGCAACAGUGUCCAUAUCAGUUCAUUCAGAAAAAUCAGAUGGACCUUUUCGGGAUUCUGAUAAUAAAAUAUUGCCAGCUGCAGCUCUUGCAUCAGAGCACUCAAAGGGAACCUCCUCAAUUGCAAUUACUGCUCUUAUGGAAGAGAAGGGUUACCAGGUGCCUGUUCUUGGAACCCCAUCUUUGCUUGGACAGUCAUUAUUGCAUGGACAGUUGAUCCCCACAACUGGUCCAGUAAGAAUAAAUACUGCUCGUCCAGGUGGUGGUCGACCAGGCUGGGAACAUUCCAACAAACUUGGCUAUCUGGUUUCUCCACCACAACAAAUUAGAAGAGGGGAGAGGAGCUGCUACAGAAGUAUAAACCGUGGGCGACACCACAGCGAAAGAUCACAGAGGACUCAAGGCCCGUCACUACCAGCAACUCCAGUCUUUGUACCUGUUCCACCACCUCCUUUGUAUCCGCCUCCUCCCCAUACACUUCCUCUCCCUCCAGGUGUUCCUCCUCCACAGUUUUCUCCUCAGUUUCCUCCUGGCCAGCCACCACCCGCUGGGUAUAGUGUACCUCCUCCAGGGUUUCCUCCAGCUCCUACCAAUUUAUCAACACCUUGGGUAUCAUCAGGAGUGCAGACAGCUCAUUCAAAUACCAUCCCAACAACACAAGCACCACCUUUGUCCAGGGAAGAAUUCUAUAGAGAGCAGCGACGACUAAAAGAAGAGGAAAAGAAAAAGUCCAAGCUAGAUGAGUUUACAAAUGAUUUUGCUAAGGAAUUGAUGGAAUACAAAAAGAUUCAAAAGGAGCGUAGGCGCUCAUUUUCCAGGUCUAAAUCUCCCUAUAGUGGUUCUUCGUAUUCAAGAAGUUCAUACACUUAUUCUAAAUCAAGAUCUGGUUCAACACGUUCACGCUCUUAUUCUCGAUCAUUCAGCCGCUCACAUUCUCGUUCCUAUUCACGGUCACCUCCAUACCCCAGAAGAGGCAGAGGCAAGAGCCGCAAUUACCGUUCACGGUCUAGAUCUCAUGGAUAUCAUCGAUCUAGGUCAAGGUCACCCCCUUAUAGACGCUAUCAUUCACGAUCAAGAUCUCCUCAAGCGUUUAGGGGACAGUCUCCUAAUAAACGUAACGUACCUCAAGGGGAAACAGAACGUGAAUAUUUUAAUAGAUACAGAGAAGUUCCACCACCAUAUGACAUUAAAGCAUAUUAUGGGAGAAGUGUUGACUUUAGAGACCCAUUUGAAAAAGAACGCUACCGAGAAUGGGAGAGAAAAUAUAGAGAGUGGUAUGAAAAAUAUUAUAAAGGUUAUGCUGCUGGAGCACAGCCUAGGCCCUCAGCAAAUAGGGAGAACUUUUCUCCAGAGAGAUUUUUACCACUUAACAUCAGGAAUUCUCCCCUCACAAGAGGCCGCCGAGAAGAUUAUGUUGGUGGGCAAAGUCAUAGAAGUCGAAACAUAGGUAGCAACUAUCCAGAAAAGCUUGCAGCAAGAGAUGGUCACAAUCAGAAGGAUAAUACAAAGUCAAAAGAGAAGGAGAGUGAAAACGCUCCAGGAGAUGGUAAAGGAAAUAAGCAUAAGAAACACAGAAAAAGAAGAAAAGGGGAGGAAAGUGAGGGUUUUCUGAACCCAGAGUUAUUAGAGACUUCUAGGAAAUCAAGAGAACCUACAGGUGUUGAAGAAAAUAAAACAGACUCAUUGUUUGUUCUCCCAAGUAGAGAUGAUGCCACACCUGUUAGAGAUGAACCAAUGGAUGCAGAAUCAAUCACUUUUAAAUCAGUGUCUGAAAAAGACAAGAGAGAAAGGGAUAAACCAAAAGCAAAGGGUGAUAAAACCAAACGGAAGAAUGAUGGAUCUGCUGUGUCCAAAAAAGAAAAUAUUGUAAAACCUGCUAAAGGACCCCAAGAAAAAGUAGAUGGAGAACGUGAGAAAUCUCCUCGCUCUGAACCUCCAAUUAAAAAAGCCAAAGAGGAGACUCCAAAGACUGACAAUGCUAAAUCAUCAUCUUCCUCUCAGAAGGAUGAAAAAAUCACUGGAACCCCCAGGAAAGCUCACUCUAAAUCAGCAAAAGAACACCAAGAAACAAAACCAGUCAAAGAGGAAAAAGUGAAGAAGGACUAUUCCAAAGAUGUCAAAUCAGAAAAGCUAACAACUAAGGAAGAAAAGGCCAAGAAGCCUAAUGAGAAAAACAAACCACUUGAUAAUAAGGGAGAAAAAAGAAAAAGAAAAACUGAAGAAAAAGGUGUAGAUAAAGAUUUUGAGUCUUCUUCAGUGAAAAUCUCGAAACUAGAAGUGACUGAAAUAAUGAAACCAUCACCAAAGCGCAAAAUGGAACCUGAUACUGAAAAAAUGGAUAGGACCCCUGAAAAGGACAAAAUUUCUUCAGCUGCACCAGCCAAAAAAAUCAAGCUCAACAGAGAAACUGGGAAGAAAAUUGGAAGUACAGAAAAUAUAUCAAACACAAAAGAACCCUCUGAAAAAUUGGAGUCAACAUCUAGCAAAGUUAAACAAGAAAAAGUCAAAGGAAAGGUCAGAAGAAAAGUGACUGGAACUGAAGGAUCCAGCUCAACUCUGGUGGAUUAUACCAGUACGAGCUCAACUGGAGGCAGUCCUGUGCGGAAAUCUGAAGAAAAAACAGAUACAAAGCGAACUGUGAUUAAAACGAUGGAAGAAUAUAAUAAUGACAAUACGGCGCCAGCUGAAGAUGUUAUCAUUAUGAUUCAGGUUCCUCAAUCCAAAUGGGAUAAAGAUGACUUUGAAUCUGAAGAAGAAGAUGUUAAAUCCACACAGCCUAUGUCAAGUGUAGGAAAACCUGCUAGUGUUAUAAAAAAUGUUAGUACAAAGCCAUCAAAUAUAGUCAAGUAUCCUGAGAAAGAAAGUGAGCCAUCAGAGAAAAUUCAGAAAUUCACCAAGGACGUGAGCCAUGAAGUCACACAACACGAGGUUAAAAGUUCAAAAAACUCUGCAUCUAGUGAAAAAGGGAAGACCAAAGAUCGAGAUUAUUCAGUGUUGGAAAAGGAAAACCCUGAAAAGAGGAAGAACAGCACUCAGCCAGAGAAAGAGAGUAAUUUGGACCGUCUGAAUGAACAAGGAAAUUUUAAAAGUCUGUCUCAAUCUUCCAAAGAGGCUAGAACGUCAGAUAAACAUGAUUCCACUCGUGCUUCCUCAAAUAAAGACUUCACUCCCAAUAGAGACAAAAAAACUGACUAUGACACCAGAGAGUAUUCAAGUUCCAAACGUAGAGAUGAAAAGAAUGAAUUAACAAGAAGAAAAGACUCUCCUUCCCGGAAUAAAGAUUCUGCAUCUGGACAGAAAAAUAAGCCAAGGGAAGAGAGAGAUUUGCCUAAAAAAGGAACAGGAGAUUCCAAAAAAAGUAAUUCUAGUCCCUCAAGAGACAGAAAACCUCAUGAUCACAAAGCCACUUAUGAUACUAAACGGCCAAAUGAAGAGAUAAAAUCUGUAGAUAAGAAUCCUUGUAAGGAUCGUGAGAAGCAUGUAUUAGAAGCAAGGAACAAUAAAGAGUCAAGUGGCAAUAAACUACUUUAUAUAAUUAACCCUCCAGAGACACAGGUUGAAAAAGAGCAGAUUACUGGGCAAAUUGACAAGAAUACUGUCAAGCCUAAACCCCAGUUAAGUCAUUCCUCUAGACUUUCCUCUGACUUAACUAGAGAAACUGAUGAAGCUGCUUUUGAACCAGACUAUAAUGAAAGUGACAGUGAAAGUAAUGUUUCUGUAAAAGAAGAGGAAACUUCAGGAAACAUUUCUAAGGACCUGAAAGAUAAAAUAGUGGAGAAAGCGAAAGAGAUCCUGGACACAGCAGCAGUCGUCCAGGUGGGCAUAAGCAGGAACCAGAGCCACAGCAGCCCCAGCGUCAGCCCCAGCAGAAGCCACAGUCCUUCUGGAAGCCAGACCCGAAGCCACAGUAGCAGUGCCAGCUCAGCAGAAAGUCAGGACAGCAAGAAGAAGAAGAAAAAGAAGGAAAAGAAAAAACACAAGAAACAUAAAAAGCAUAAGAAGCAUAAGAAACAUGCAGGCACUGAAGUGGAAUUGGAAAAAAGCCAAAAACACAAACACAAGAAAAAGAAGUCAAAGAAGAACAAAGAUAAAGAGAAGGAGAAGGAGAAAGAUGACCAAAAAGUGAAAUCUGUCACUGUGUAAAAAGACAGAUUUUAAAAAUUGACUUAAUUACUAAGUCAUCUGUAUUAAAUUUUGUUAUAAUGUAAAGAGAUUCAAGCCUUGUAAAUAAAUGACAUGGAAGACCCUGUGCUGCACUUAAAAUAUUGCUGCUUGAUUAUUUGAUUUUUACAUCAGAGCUUUAUAACACGAACUUUUGUACAGAAUUGUGAGUUGUGACCAUGUAACAUGAGAGGUUUUGCUAGGGCCUAUUAUUUUUAACCACCAUUAAUUAGUUGGGGUGGAGUUUACUGUAAUGUGAAAUUUUCACAUUUGAAUUUUUUUAAUUGCCUGGCAAAAGCUGAUAUAAGUUCUAAAAUAUCAGCAGAAUGAUUUGCUGAAUUCAUUACAACCCUGUUAUGUCACUUUUUGAUUACAAUAAAAGUUUUCAGUAAACUUUUCAAA